AUGAGCGGACCUGUUGACUUGAGCGGCAACGCGCCCAUCACCGGCGGAGGCGAGCAGUUCACCUGGUUUCGUACUCUUGGCGCCACCGAAGAGGCCAUCAUGGUCUUGAACGACCAGCCCAUCCUUUUCACCAUCCUCCUCGUCGUCCUCGUCACUCUUAUCCUCCAGGGCGUUCUUCUAUGGUACAUCCACUUCGCCACUUUAAAACCCGAGCAGAAGAAGAAGAAGGAUGCGAAACCAGCCGACAAGAAGUCAGGUGCCGGAGUCAAGGGCUUCUUCCCGCAGCGUUGCGGCGUUAAGAAGACAACAUCCUUGCCGGGCUUGUUGUGA